UAUAUAUAUAUAUAUAUAUAUACAUUUGUUUUAUUGAUCAGUAUCAUCUUUUAACAGUGUAUUUAUGGAGUUAUACAGUAUUUGUGCUCAAGAAAACCUUUCCUAAACGUCUUUUUGGUACGCUAAUGCACCCGAGAAAACGCUCUUUGCUUACCCAACGCUUGCCUCGCUUCGUGCCGUGUACGCACCCUUGUGGAUCUUUAAAGCUCUCAAAUGUGAAUUUGCGCUUAUUGCGGCAUUUAAAACGCAGUUUUGUAGAUCACCUGACCUAUUUUUGCAAUAUUUUCUAUGACAUUGAGAAUUGUAUGGGAGCAGGGGCUUAAAUCUACGACAAGAGCACAUUUUCGAGGAAUGUACCGAGUACAGAAAGGCUACCGAAGUAUACGCCUCACAAGCACAACUGUUUGGUAAGAUAGUUUCUUAAUAUGUAUAACACGUUAUUUGGCAUUUACCGCACAAACUCCUAAAGCCAUAAUGAUACAGAAGUCGAUAUAUUUAAGGCCGUUUUGUGGUUUCUAUUUAUCAGAAUUAUCUAUAGCAGAUAUUCAGAAAUAAUCCUUUUGUUUACGCUGUUUUCUGUAUUCAGUCACAGAAGUGAAUGACUGUGUUUUCUUGCUUUUGAGAGUUUGUCUGACGAGCACCGUUACAGUAUUUGACUCUGGGCAUUGGCGAUGGCUCCUUGAGAAUAUCUUUGCACAGAGACAUCAAGCAAGAAGGUUUAAUUAACAUGCAUUGCCUUGUAUUCAUCUCAGACAGGAGCUCAGCGAAAAUUCAACUGCAUUUACCGUUCAAACCUCGUUAAAAUGUAAAUUAAUGUCCUUCUUGAUAGGAAAGCUGUCGUUAUUGUUUCGUGAGCGCGUGGCUGUGUGUGUCCAGGGCUUGAGCGCACCGCCUGCAAUAGCUUCAGCUAGUACCGUUUGAUUGAAAGCAGAUUUCGUUUGAUAUCACAAUGCUAAUGUUCCCUCACCGUUUCAUUUUCUUCUUUUCGUCAAGUUUACUGUAUUUCCUCUGCUGAAAGUGGCAAUAAAAUUUAUUUUUACAUAAUUACCAGAUAUGGCAUUGUGCUGUUUUUAAUGCUUGGUAAUUUUUAUAUAUAUAUAUAUAUAUAUAUUUUACAUUUACUACAUGUACCAUGUGAGAAAUAACUGUAACAAAACACAAGUUCAUCGUUUCGUGAGGCAAAGCAUGCUGGGAACUAGAAAUUCACAGUGCAGUUUCAAGCAAUAACAGCAACAAAAAAAACGAAAUUACGAAUUUAAUUGUGCUGCUUUAUUUCAUUUAUUACAUUGAAAAAGCAGCGUUUGUUGUUGGCGUAUACGUUUUUAAGGAGGCUUUCGUGAAAACGUACCGAAUGGAUGAUGUCACGAUAACGAGCUAAAUUAAAUGAAAACAACGUCCUGUUUUGAAAUAAAAACCCAAAACGCUUUUUUGAAAAGUGUUUCGAGAGAGGCAGACGCAUGUUUCGCUUCCUCUCCUCAUUUUACGAUAAUUACAUCGAGCCGUAUUUUUCCUCUGGCGUGGGAGAACCAGACCGAAGCCACAAAAGUAAGAUCCUGAAGGCCGGCCGUCUGAUCCGGAACACGCGGCUGCCCGCAGCAGAGAGAGCAGGCGCGGCUCGGGACGUUGGGAUAUUGAGCUACACAGGAGGUUAUGAACAUGCAGCUCAAGCAGCAGACAAGUACAUGGCAAGCAUGACGGAGCUCCUCAAGACACCUGGCCUUACAGAGCAGGACAUCGUUCGAGUUCUUGAAGGCCUCAGUGCAAUAUGCUACCUCCACGUCGCCAAUCAAAACACGGCACAAGCACUUGGUCUCCCAGACACCCUGCUGGAGUUUGUGUCGCCAACCAGCAAACUCUCCUUUACGUCACAGCGCUGGAGCUGCUACCUGCUCAGCAUCCUCUGCUGCCACAACAUCCCCAUUAUCUGCCACCUCAAGGACGCCGAGGCCCUGCAAUCCAAUCUGGAGAAACUAGCAAGUCUGGACUGGGAGAAAUGGCCGUUAAACUACGCUCUUGAGCUGCUCAGGGUUUUAAGACUCCAGCAGAGCGCGAAGAUGGACAAUUUGCAUGAAGAAGACGAGCUGAAGGGCUGCCCUUUUGCCAAGAGUGGUCACAUGUUUGGAAAACAAUUAAAAGAGCACGUGUACAAAAUAUGA